AACCUCUCUAUCUGACACCAGAGAGUGAAGCUGACAGACACAGCUUAAACCCUAGCCGCUUCUACACAAUUCUCUCUCUCUUCUUAGAACUUUCUCUCACCCAGAAAUGGCAUUCUACAACAAAGUUGGUUCCCUUUUGAGGCAGAGCGUUUCUGCUAGCAAUGCAUUGAACGGACAAUCUUCAAUGUUCAACGCUAUCCGAUGCAUGUCCACAAAGCUUUUUAUCGGAGGGCUUUCCUUUGGAACUGACGACCAGUCUCUGAAAGACGCUUUCUCCAGCUUUGGUGAAGUUGAUUACGCACGAGUGAUCACGGACAGAGAAUCAGGGAGAUCAAGAGGGUUCGGGUUUGUACAUUUCUCGAGCGAAGAAGCUGCCAACUCAGCUAUGUCUGCCAUGGAUGGACAGGACUUGAACGGGAGGAGCAUCCGAGUGAGUAUUGCACAAGAGAGAGCACCUCGUACUAGCUACGGCAAUCCUAGUUUCGGCGACAACGGUGGACGAAAUGAUAGGUUUUAGGCUUUAUUGGUGUGUCUCGAUUUCCAUUGUCUUUAUUUAGCAUUGCAAAUUUUUAUCUAGGAAUUUGAGUUGCAGUAUUUUUAUUUUUAUUCCGUAGUGCUUUUCAAUUUUCUGUUGCCUUUUGUUAUUCGUGUUUUGGAACGAGUUAUAUUCGAAGGAGUUAUUAUCGUUGUCCUUUUUGCUUCAACUAAAGAAUUAUUUCGUUGCGUGGUCCUAAA